CACAUUGGUCUUCUUGGCUUCGCCCCUGGUUCUGGAUUUCUUUCCCGCUGACUUGGGAAUUCCCUCCCCCUCCUCUCUCUCUCUCUCUCUCUCUCGCUCUCUCUGGUUUGGACCGGGAAAUCUUUUUCCUGCUUUCGGAAAGCCUGAUUUCUGGGUUUGCCGUUUUUGAUCUCUAAACUGAGAGUUGGGUUUGUGGGUUUCUGCGAGUGUCUAAAGCCAUAAAUUGGCAGUCCAUGCUGGUGUUGCCUAAGUGAAGUCUCCGGCUGUGGGCUCACUUUGAAUCUUGGGCGUAAAAAUGAGCAGAAGAAAGAGAAGGAAUUUUGAUUUGACUCAAGCCGUGGAGUUUUUGAACCAUUUGUUGGCGGAAAAGCCUCUGUUUCCUUUCCUGAUUCCUGUGCUGUUUAUCGGUUGGGCGAUUGAGAAAUGGGUUUUCUCUCUCUCUACUUGGGUUCCUCUCGUGGUUGCCGUCUGGGCUGCUGUUCAGUAUGGUAGCUAUCAACGCGGUAUCAUUGUGGAGGACCUGAACAAAAAAUGGAAACAAGUCACACUACGCACAUCACCAGUGACACCAUUGGAGCACUGUGAGUGGCUGAACAAGUUAUUGAUGGAAAUUUGGCCCAACUACAUUAACCCAAAGCUGUCCAUGAGAUUCUCAUCCAUGGUUGAGAAACGUUUGAAGAAAUUAAAAUCAAAGCUUAUUGAAAGCAUUGAAUUACAAGAAUUCUCACUAGGUUCACGCUCUCCUAUCUUGGGCCUUCAUGGUACUCGCUGGUCAACUUCAGGUGAUCAGCGGACCAUGCAUUUCGGUUUUGAUUGGGACUCCACGGAUAUGAAUAUCAUGCUACUUACUAAGUUGGCAAAGCCAUUAAUGGGAACUGCCCGAAUAGUUGUGAACAGCAUCCACAUCAAGGGUGAAGUUCUACUGAUGCCCAUUCUGGAUGGAAAAGCAAUGUUGUACUCUUUUUUAUCAACUCCUGAGGUGAGAAUUGGUGUUGCAUUUGGUAGUGGUGGAAGUCAAUCUCUGCCUGCAACAGAAUUGCCUGGUGUUUCAUCAUGGCUGGUUAAACUUUUAACUGACACCUUAGUUAAGACAAUGGUUGAACCUCGUCGUAUGUGUUACUAUUUGCCAUCAGUAGACUUAAGGAAGAAGGCUGUUGGUGGCAUAAUCUAUGUGACAGUCGUUUCAGCAAGCAAACUUGCCAGGAAUAAGUUGAAGGGAAGCCCUUCUAGAAGGCCACAGAAUUUAUUGAUAGAUGGUAGGUUAGAGGAGCCCCAUGAUAGUAAAGAUCUGCACACAUUUGUAGAGGUUGAACUUGAAGAACUAACCAGGAGGACAAAGAUUAGACCAGGCUCAAAUCCUAAAUGGGACUCAACAUUCAAUAUGGUUAUACAUGGAGAUUCAGGAAUCUGCAGAUUCCAUCUCUAUGAAGGUACUCAAGGGUGUGUGAAUUAUGACUAUAUAACAAGCUGCGAAAUUAAGAUGAGAUAUGCCGCAGAUGAUUCCACUGUGUUUUGGGCAAUAGGACCUGAAUCUAGUGUUAUAGCAAAGCAUGCUCAGUUUUGUGGAAAUGAAGUUGAAAUGGUGGUUCCAUUUGAGGGAGAAAAUUCAGGAGAGUUGAUGGUGAAACUUGUCUUGAAAGAAUGGCAGUUUUCUGAUGGUUCAUAUACCCUGAAUGGUUUCCAACUCGACUCUCGUCACUCAUUAUCUGGGUCAUCAAAUCUUCUGCAUGGAACUGGAAGGAAAAUUUGUGUGACUAUUGUUGAAGGGAAGGACCUUGCGUUAAAAGACAAAAUUCGGAAGUCUGACCCCUAUGUUAAAGUACAGUAUGGGAAGGCUCUCCAGAAAACAAGAUCUGUUCCACAUACUCCAAGUCCUUUAUGGAACCAGAAGUUUGAAUUUGAUGAGAUAGAAGGUGGUGAAUAUCUUCGGAUAAGAUGCUAUACUGAAGAAACCUUUUCAGACGACAACGUUGGUAGUGCACGAGUUAAUUUAGAAGGACUCAAAGAGGGUUCAAUAAGAGAUGUGUGGGUUCCCCUUGAAAAAGUAAAUUCUGGAGAAUUGAGACUUCAGAUAGAAGCAUUGCGAAUUGAUGAUUAUGAAGGAUCAUCGGGUUCAAACAUCAGUUCAAGCAAUGGCUGGAUUGAGCUUGUUAUCAUUGAAGCAAAAGACCUUGUUGCAGCUGAUCUCAGGGGAACAAGUGAUCCGUAUGUCAGGCUACAAUAUGGAAAUGUGAAGAGAAGAACCAAGGUGAUGUAUAAAACUCUAAAUCCGCAGUGGCACCAGACCUUUGAAUUCCCUGAUAAUGGCAGUCCCCUGCUGCUGCAUGUGAAAGACCAUAACACCCUGCUGCCCACAUCAAGCAUCGGCGAUUGCAUUGUAGAAUAUCAAAGGUUGCCUCCAAACCAUACGUCUGACAAGUGGAUACCCCUUCAAGGGGUGAAAAAGGGAGAGAUCCAUGUUCAGAUUACAAGAAAAGUUCCAGAACUAGGGAAGAGACCCAGUUUGGAGUCGGAAUCAUCUGCAACUAAAGCACGUGAAAUUUCUGGCCAGAUGAAACAAAUGAUGAUCAAGUUACAAUCUCUAAUGGAAGAUGAUAAUCUUGAUGAACUAUCUACAACCUUGAGCGAGCUUGAAAGCCUCCAUGACAUGCAAGAGGAGUACGUGGUACAGCUGGAGACUGAGCAGACGCUGUUACUCAACAAGAUUAACGAGCUUGGCCAGGAAAUCUUGAAUUCGUCGCCUAGCCUGAGCAGGAGAUCUUCCACGAAUUGAACGCUCGAUACAAAUGCUACUCUCAUGCAUUGGUUCUUCGAUAGGAUUUCAAUCCAUAAUCACUUUUAAGUUCUUUGUUGGGUAAUAAUGUCUUCUUAUUUUUAACUUAAGUUAGGUGAUUUAUUUCAGCAUCGGUGCAGCCCUUAUGCUGUGUAAAUGUGAUCAUAUAUUCAGAAUUGUGUGUAUAUUCUGUGCCAGCAAUCAAGAUAUGAGAAGCCUAACUAGCUAGGCUAUAUAUGAGCCUUAUGGAAGUGAA